AUGCCCAACACGUCUCUACGUCGCCCCCAAAAGGGCUAUGUUCGCCGCGGCGGUAAGAUGGCCUACCAUGGCGCAAACCGGACCCGAACGUUCGCCGCCUCGACCACGCGCACUGAAGCCACGUCGGCCGACGAGAAGAUCGAACGGACGCGCCUCGCGCAGCAGAUCGACGAGUCGAUGGGCUUCGCCAGAUACGAGUCGGGCCGGAAGAAAGAAGGGUGGCUCGUCAACACAUUCAAGGCAACCAUCGAGUACGAGCCGUACUUUGUGAUCGCGUGCCGGAAGGGGAGAGAGAGCGAGGUUGAGGAGUGGGCGAAGCGAGUCCCCGGCGGAGGCCUGGUCCACAACGUCAGGCGAGUCGAAAAGGAGGACUUGUCCAUGCCGAACCAUCUGCUCGGGUAUAGAAGGACAUUCCUCGAGCUGCAUUUUAGGAAUGUGUCAGACCUGAUGACCGCGAGGAGGGAUAUCAUGCCUAUAGCGGAGAAGAACAGGAAGUCGAUGGGGGCCAUCGAUGUUUAUGCCGAAGUUGCUUCCGAACAAGCGGGAAUUGACCUCUUUGAUGAUUCACGAGACGACGAUACACGAAAUAAUGCCUCAUUUUCCGACGCGAGCGAGUACAUCGUCGAUAUUCGGGAGUAUGAUGUACCCUACCAUGUAAGAGUAAUGAUUGAUAUGGAUAUUCGAGUAGGAAAAUGGUAUUUCGUGGAAGUGAAGCAUGGCAUUACCACUUUAAAACUUAACGAAGAACACUUGGUCCAGGCCGACCCGGUAGUAAUGGCCUUCGAUAUAGAAACGACCAAGGCACCUCUAAAAUUUCCCGACGCCGCGAUAGAUCAGAUCAUGAUGAUGUCUUACAUGAUCGACGGACAAGGAUUCCUCAUCACGAAUAGGGAGAUCGUGUCGGAGGACAUCGCGGAUUUCGAGUACACACCCAAACCAGAAUAUCCGGGACCGUUCAUGAUUUUCAACGAGCCCAACGAGAAGGCCGUCAUCGAACGGUUCUUCUCCCACGUGAAGGAGGCUAGACCGACUGUCAUUGCCACCUACAACGGAGACUUCUUCGAUUGGCCUUUCGUCGAGGCGAGAGCGAGUGUCAACGGCAUCGAUAUGUAUCGCGAGAUUGGGUGGAAAAAAGACAACUCCUAUUUGCCCCAGGGUAGUCGAGGUCUGAAGGCGGUCACCGUUGCCAAGCUGGGCUACGACCCGGACGAACUCGAUCCCGAACUCAUGACGCCGUACGCGGCCGAGCGGCCUCAGACUUUAGCCGAGUACUCGGUUUCCGACGCCGUCGCCACGUAUUACCUGUAUAUGAAGUAUAUUCACCCCUUCAUUUUCUCACUCUGUACAAUUCUUCCCCUGGGUGGCGACGACGUGCUACGGAAAGGAACCGGUACCCUGUGUGAGAUGUUGUUGAUGGUGCAGGCAUAUCAACACGAAAUCAUACUACCAAAUAAGCACAUAUCUCCAAAAGAGUCCUUCUGGGACGGGCACUUGCUCGAUGCUGAGACAUACGUCGGUGGCCACGUCGAAAGUAUCGAGGCGGGUGUGUUCCGGGCUGAUAUCCCGGUCAACUUUGUUGUCGACCCCGGAGCUGUCGACGAGCUGCUUCGUGACUUGGACGCGGCCCUCAAGUUUGUUGUCGAAGUCGAAGAGAAGAAAUCCUUGGAUGAUGUCACGAACUACGAGGAGGUGAGAGACCAGAUCGCGUCACGCCUAACUCAGCUCAAGGAGACUCCGAAUCGAAACGAAAGGCCGUUGAUCUAUCAUCUGGACGUCGCGUCCAUGUACCCGAAUAUCAUGACAACGAAUCGAUUGCAACCCGACUCCAUGAUCCAAGAAUCAGACUGUGCCGCCUGUGAUUUUAACCGUCCCGGGAAGAGUUGCGAUAGGAGAAUGCCUUGGGCAUGGAGAGGGGAAUACCUGCCCGCGAAAAGGGACGAAUACAACAUGAUCCGACAUGCUCUCGAGAACGAGAAAUUUCCCGGGAAGCGCCCCGACGCACCCAUGCGCACAUUUCAGGAAUUGACGGAGGAGGAACAAGCUAAUCUCACGAGAAAACGGUUGCAAUCAUACAGCCAAAAGGUCUACCACAAGAUUCGCGAUUCGACAACUAUUGUUCGGGAAGCGAUCAUCUGUCAACGCGAGAACCCAUUCUAUAUCGACACUGUCCGGGACUUCAGAGACCGACGGUAUGACUACAAGGGGCAAGCGAAAGUUUGGAAAGGCAAGACCGAUGCCCUGAAGUCCUCCGGGGCGCCAAGCUCUGAAGUCGAUGCUGCCAAGAAGAUGAUUGUCCUUUACGACUCUCUUCAGCUGGCGCACAAGGUCAUUCUCAACUCGUUCUACGGCUACGUCAUGCGAAAGGGCUCAAGAUGGUACUCUAUGGAGAUGGCAGGCGUCACAUGUCUAACGGGCGCGACGAUCAUUCAGUUAGCGAGAUCACUUGUCGAGCGUCUUGGACGACCCCUGGAACUGGACACUGACGGCAUCUGGUGCAUGUUGCCCGCGACCUUUCCCGAGAACUUCGCGUUCAAGCUCAAGAACGGCAAGAAAUGCGCCAUCUCCUACCCCUGCGUGAUGUUGAACCACCUUGUACACGCCAAAUUCACCAACCAUCAAUACCAGACAUUAGUCGACCCUAAGAGGUUCAAGUACGAGACACACAGCGACAAUUCAAUCUUCUUCGAAGUCGAUGGCCCGUAUAAGGCUAUGGUCUUACCAACAUCGAAGGAAGAAGACAAGAACUUGAAGAAGCGAUAUGCGGUCUUUAACGAUGAUGGCAGCUUGGCAGAGCUGAAGGGGUUUGAAGUGAAGCGAAGAGGUGAACUCAAGCUCAUCAAGAUCUUCCAACAGCAGAUUUUCAAGUUCUUCUUAGAGGGAACCACCUUGACCGAAUGCUACGCCGCGGUAGCCAAGGUUGCGAAUAGAUGGCUCGACGUGCUGCACAACAAGGGCUCGACGCUGGCUGAUGAGGAGCUCAUCGAUCUCAUUUGCGAAAAUCGAAGCAUGUCCAAGACUCUCGAAGAAUACGGUACCCAGAAGUCCACCUCCAUUACCACAGCAAAACGACUAGCAGAAUUUCUAGGCGAACAAAUGGUCAAGGACAAGGGUUUGAACUGCAAAUACAUCAUCUGCGCAAGACCCCGGAGUGCCCCUGUGACGGAGCGCGCCGUGCCUGUGGCGAUCUUUUCAGCUGCGCCGGAAGUCAAGCGCACAUACUUAACCAAAUGGCUCAAGGAAGAACCGUCUGAUACGGAUCCUAGAGCGUUGUUAGAUUGGGAUUACUAUCUAGAACGUCUAGGAUCCGUCAUCCAGAAGCUGAUCACCAUCCCCGCGGCCCUGCAGAAAGUUCGGAAUCCAGUCCCACGAGUGCUGCAUCCCGACUGGCUCCAGCGGCGGAUCAACAUCAAGGACGACAAGAUGAAGCAGAAGAAGUUAACCGAUCUCUUUCCGAAGGGACCACUGGAGGAUAUAACAAAUGUGUCGGUAGCUAGGCUAGAUGACCUCGAGGAUUUUGGGACCAAGCUCUUGAAGCCGAAGAGCAUCACCGCUGCCAUCAACGCAUCUCAGCAAACCCAACCUGCCCCGACGGCAGCGAAGCGGAAAUCGCCCGAGCCCGAAAAGGAAAACCUGGAUCCAUUCGCGGCGCUUCCCAAGGAGAUGCCUGAUCCAUCCGAGGACUAUCCGGCGUUUUUGGAAUACCAGAAGAAGAAAUGGAAGAUCCAGAAGCAGGCCCGAAUACGUCGCCGGCAUCUCUUUGGAGAGCAUCGUACUAACGCAGGCAGCAAUAUCCAGCAAUCUUUCCGCCAGCGAGCCGAGGUCACGUUCAGAAAUACCUGGCAACUGCUGCAACUUCGAACGACAGACAAUCCAGGCAUAGUGACGGCUUUUGUCUUGAUCGAUGCCAAGGUUCACUCGCUCAAGAUCAAGGUACCCCGGCAGUUAUUCCUCAACUUAAAGGCUAAAGACCUACCUGAUAUCGACGUAGACGGCUGCGAGGUUGAGCAGGUCUACCAUACCCUUCCUAACGGGCACGCGUCAACGCACCUCUUUAAAAUCACCGUACCCGAGGACAUCUACUUUGCAGAAGCAGAGAAGUUCUCGUUGCUAUCGAAUCACCCCAGUGUAGAAGGCAUUUACGAGAAGCAGGUUGCAUUAAACCUGCGAGCAAUGCUUAAACUUGGGAACACGUGCACCAUUGAUGAGACCCAGCCCGGGGUGCUCGGAAAGGGCCUCGAGCAGGGCUUCGACCUUGGGGGCUUAAUAAAACCGACGAAGCCGAAACCCUACUUAGAAACGAACCCGUUGGCGUAUCUUUACAUCUCGCACAUCACGGCCGGCGAGCGACAGAUCUUCGGACUGUUCUCGUCGACAAAGGACCAAGCUCACAUAGUCAUCCUCCAGAAGAGUAGGGACGCCGGCCAAGACCUGCCGAACGUCACCAAGAUAUACAGCGAAAUGUUUUCCCGGAGGUUACGGGAAGCCGAAGGCACCAAUUGGCAAGAUUGUUUUGGGUAUCAGGAGAAACUCACCUUCAAGACGACACAGGUGACCACACGACGAAAGGCGCAUCUCGAGAUCAGCGAUCUCAUCAAGAAGAUGAAGAAGGACGAGUUAAAACCGUUGAUGCUGGUUAUUCAGUCUUCGCAACAGAACCUCCUCGUCCACGACGUUCCCAUCCUCGCCGAGUUCCCCAUCCUACCCCUUCGAUACGACCAGGCUGACAGCUCCCUCCCUCCGCUCGGUUGGCAGUCCGUCGUCGCCAAGCGCAUAGUCACGCAUUACCUCAACCUUGGAUCUUGGAUCCUACACCUUACCGCACUAGCAAGAUACGGCGAUAUACCGUUGUGCAACUUGGAGCGCGACGAUCCUAGAUUUAUCAUCGAUGUUGCGUACGCGCGCCGUUUGCAGUUGAACAACGUGGUGUUGUGGUGGUCAUCCGGGUCUAAACCGGACCAUGCCGGUUACGAGCAGGACGACGUGAUGGGCCCCCUAGAUACCGUCUCCAUGCCAUCAGCUAAUACUCCCGGCACGUACGCCUCGGUAUGCAUCGACCUUGAAGUCCGAAAUCUCGCUAUCAAUACUAUCCUCACAUCAUCCCUGAUCAAUGAGCUCGAGGGCUCGGACUCGAUCUCCUUCAACCCGGCUGCCGACUCCGCACCGUCCGAUGGAUCCGAAAUGCUUCAUUCCGAGUCGGCGUUCGCCAAUGCCGGGGUGCUUGUACUACGUGAGAUGGUCAAGUCGUGGUGGGCAGAGGCUUGCAAGGGCAGCCCGAUGGCCGACGUGAUGGUCCAACACCUCGUGCGCUGGGUGGAAUCCCCUGAUUCUUUCAUGUACGACCGCACGCUCCACUACUACGUUCAGAUGAUGAGUCGUAAAGCUCUGCUGCAACUCAUGGCAGACUUCCGCCGCGUCGGCUCGCACGUCGUGUUCGCGAAUGCGAACCGACUGCUCCUGCAGACGACCAAGACAGAGGUGGGCAACGCGUACGCUUACAGCCAGUACAUCUUGAAGAGUAUCAAGAGCAAGCCUCUGUUCCACUUCAUCGACCUCGAGAUUAAAGAGUAUUGGGACUACCUUGUGUGGUACGACGAGUUCAACUAUGGCGGAAAGGCCUGCCAGGAGGUCGUGGAAGCCGAGCAACAGAGUCUCCAGACGAUCAUGAACUGGCAGAUGAAGACUUUCCUGCCGUCCCGCCUACAGGAUACCUUCCAGCACUGGGUAGUGGAGUUUAUACACCUCAUGCACAACCUGAAGCGGCCCCAGUCUGCCGACGGGGAGCCGGGCGCGACGCCCCGCCUCACGCAACUACCACUGCGCAACGGUUCUCAGGGUGACGGCGACAACGGGACGCAGAUUAUACUCAACAAACCGUUCGAGAAAUUGCUGAAAAAGGAGAUUCGGCAGCUAGUCUCGACGCAGGCGCGCGAGCUACUACACCCGGAGCUGGCGUCAGACUGGUCGUUCCCGGUCCUACCGGGGAGCCACCAAAAAGAUAUGCGCCAUCGGAAUGCCGUGCUGGAGCUGGUCAAGAGCUUGAUGCAGGUGCUGUCGCUUGACAAGAACAUCACGAUGGAGGCGCGGCUGCUGCGCAAAGAGCUGCUAGCGCUGUUCGAGGUGCGCGAGUUCAGCAAAGAGGGCGCGUUCGCAAACCCGAGCGAGAGCCUCAAGGUGGCGCAGUGGAGCUGCCCCGAGUGCACGCUCGCGCGCGACUGGGACCUGUGCCGGGACGAGGCGCUGCUGCCGGACCUAGCGAGCAUCGCAGCCGCCGCCGCCGCCGCCGCGGGAGACGGGAUGGCAAGCGAGGCGGCAGCGACGGAGGCGGCGCGCAGGGCGGCGGCGGCCAAGGCGUGGCGCUGCGCGUUCUGCGACGCGGAGGUGAACCGGCUGCGGGUGGAGGAGCGGCUGCUGGCGGAGGUGCAGGGGCUGGUGGUGGAGUGGAGCACGCAAGACGUGCGGUGCGAGCGCUGCGGCAGCGUGCGGCUCAACGACAUGAUGGAGCACUGCACGUGCAGCGGGCGCUGGGCCGAGAGCGUGCGCCGCGACGAGGUGCUGGGCCGGCUGCGCGUGCACGCCGGCGUCGCGCGCUGGUUCGGCCUGCGCAUGCUGGAGAGCCUCGUCGCCGACGUGCUGGCCGAGGUAUAGAUACCUAGAAUGGGAGGCGAGGCGAGUGAAGCCUCUGCUGCACGUGACUAGCUGGCGAGAGCGACGGGGGAAAUGGGUUCCGAGCCCGUAAUACCCGGGGUUAUGUGUAUUGCUGGUCUCGGUUGCGGGUUAAUAUAGGUAACGGUAUGGAAAAGGCAUGUGAAGGCUGCGGCUGGGAAAUGUUGAUAUAGGUACUCUGAGCUGAUUUUGAUAAUCUUGACAUCUAGUAUAGCCCCAU